CGUCAGGGCAGGGAGGGGGAGCUGUGGAAUGGCGGACGGCCGGGCUGGCCCGCCCUGGUGCUAAAGAGCUGAGGGGGCCGGAGGGGACAGCAGCGGAGAGGGAACAGUGCCUGAAGCAGGUCCACCAUGCCGUUAGUAACGAGGAACAUUGAGCCAAGGCACCUGUGCCGUCAGACGUUGCCUAGCGUUCGAAGCGAGCUGGAAUGCAUGACCAACAUCACCCUGGCAAAUGUCAUUCGACAGCUGGGCAGCCUGAGUAAAUUUGCAGAAGACAUAUUUGGAGAGUUGUUUACCCAAGCCAACACCUUUGCCUCUCGAGUGAGCGUUCUAGUCGAGAGAGUUGACCGCUUGCAGGUCAAAGUCACUCAGCUGGAUCCCAAAGAAGAGGAAGUCUCCCUGCAAGGCAUUAACACCAGGAAGGCCUUCAAAAGCUCCACUACUCAGGACCAGAAGCUCUUCGACAGAGAUUCUCUCCCCGUGCCUGUCCUUGAAACCUAUAGGACCUGCAAUACUCCUCCACCUCUCAACAUUCUCUCGCCUUACAGGGAUGAUGGCAAAGAGGCACUUAAGUUCUACACAGAUCCUUCAUAUUUCUUUGACCUUUGGAAAGAGAAGAUGCUUCAGGACACCAAGGAUAUUAUGAAAGAGAAGCGGAAACACAGGAAAGAGAAAAAGGAGAAUCCGAACCGAGGAAACGUGAAUCCGCGGAAAAUCAAAACCCGGAAAGAAGAGUGGGAGAAGCUGAAAAUGGGACAAGAAUUUGUCGAGUCAAAGGACAAACAUGGUCCUGCUGGGUACCCCUCCAACAUGGUGUAUCAGAACGGCAGCAUCGGCUCCAACGAGAGCAUGGAGGUGAACUGCUACCCGCCGCCGCCGCAGACUGACUCUAUUGUGCCACCACCUCCUUCGUUCCCAGAUGACAGCCUGCCUCCACCCCCGGUGGAAUUUAGCUAUCCUGCAGACAACCAGAGGGGUUCUGGUUCUGGAGGGACCAAGCGAUCCAGCCUGGUCAGCCCAAGCCACCCGCCACCAGCUCCUCCGAUCGGAUCCCCCUCAGCAGCCAGGCCGGGCUUUGCCCCUCCUCCGGCGCCACCUCCUCCCCCACCAGUGAUGGGCAACAUCCCCCCUCCACCACCCCCCACGGGCUUCCCAUCCCCGGGAACCCCCCCUCCCCCCUCCCCCCCUUCCUUCCCUCCUCACCCCGAGUUUGCUGCCCCCCCCCCACCGCCUCCCCCUCCAGCAGUGGAAUACAGCACUGUGCUUCCCCCUCCGCUGCCACAGCCAGGCAGUGGGGAUGCACCACCCCCCCCUCCGCCCCCACCUCCUCCUGGCCCACCCCCUCUGUCCUCUGGUCUCCUGGAUGGGCCCCCUCCACCUCCCCCACCCUCAGACACCUCUGCCUCCAAGCCCAAGUCGUCCCUGCCUGCUGUUAGUGAUGCCAGGAGUGAUCUACUGUCAGCCAUUCGCCAAGGCUUCCAGCUCCGUAAGGUGGAGGAGCAGAGGGAGCAGGAGAAGCGGGACGUUGUGGGCAACGAUGUGGCCACGAUCCUGUCGCGCCGCAUCGCUGUGGAGUACAGCGACUCCGAGGACGACUCGUCCGAGUUCGAUGAGGACGAAUGGUCGGAUUAACGUUGGUCCCAUCCCUUCCUUUCCCCUUCUCUCCUGGGUUAAAACCUUCUUAAAAGAAUCAGGUGGCCAAACCUUCCACUGCUUCCUCUUACAUCCCGUAACCAAAGAUGUGCCAAAGGGUUUUCAGACAACCAGCAGCGUGUCUCCCCUCUCCCUCCUGCUCUGGCAGGACUCCUGUGCUCUGCCUUUCCAAAAGGUCUCCUCACAGACUCUGAGGACACUGGGCUGGGAUUUAGCUGGAGGGAGUGGAACGGUUGCUUAUUUAAAAGAGAGCUAAACCUCCAGCUUCUGGAUGCCACCAGGCAGAGCACACAUAAACCCUCCAUCCUGAGGGAUUUGGUAAAGUCAAGAUGGAUGAUCCUGCUGCGGCCGCCUGGCCUUUCAGAUGAAGAACGUUUUCAGCUGGUUUUCUCACUGCGACAGCAGAAGGUUGAUCUGAUGGCUCUCCCUUUCCAGUGAAUACUGGUAGUGCUGCAAGAAAAUGGGCUUGAAAUGUCAGUUUUCUGCUGCAUCCCACUGUCAAAUAAUCAGGUUUUGACAACAGUGCACAAUUCUUUCCCCCUCUGACCCCCUUAGUAUUAUUUCCAGACUCCCCUGCCUGGACUGCGCUCCCUGGCUCCAGGGCUGGGGAAGUGCAUUGGGUGCAAUGCAAGGAGAGACUUCUUGGUUUGGGUUUUUUUUUUUUUCCUUUUAAGAGCUGCCUUUACCUUCCUCAAAUCUCCUGGACAAGUCUGCCAAAGGAGACUUGCACAAGGGAUGCAGAGCCAGGGCAGAAGGGCUGCCGGGAUUCUCGCCCUGCUGAGACACUGUGGGCAACACUCAGUGGUGGUGAAACCCCACUCUGCUGGGGUCUCCACUUGAUGCCGAGAGGGUGCUUAAAAAGCAGUAAAAACAAGUGCCUAGAGCAGGGAGAUGGUGUGGGGAGGGCUUCUCAGAGCCCCAGGCACAUGGCCAUCUCCAGCUUCUUUAGGGCAGUGCUGGGUUUGAAGAGGUGCUUUUGCUGGUGGAGCGACUGUACUUCUUUUCACAGGUACUCCAGUAGCAGAAAACGCUGGUAUUACCUUUGCUUCCUCUUCCCUUCCACCCAAGGAGGGGACUUUGUGUGCCUAAAACCAUCUUGUGUGUCAACUGAGUUGCCCAUCAGUUACAUCAGACCUCACCUACAUCGUUUCCCAUCAGUUUGUUGUUAGAAUUCAUUAGUUAGUUUUAAGAUGAUGUUUCUUCUCCUGACUAACCCUCUGGAUUCCCAGGCUGCUCCCUCCACAUACGGUACUGGCAGGGGGGAGAAAAUGGUGAACUUGAACUGGCUGACUUAGGUUUUAUUGCUCUUUUCUGUUGCCUUCCUUAGAACAUAAGCAUAUCUUGCAAAUCUAGAGACACCCCCAAUGCUACAGAUGUGCUUUGGGUAUUCCAGUUUGGAUGUAACUCUCAAGAAAGUAAUUCCAAAGCCUUUUGGAGAUGGUGGGUCCAGCUGUUCUGGGGUGGGACCAACUGCACGUCCCAUGAGGACCAACUCUCUGACCUCUUUGCCUUUCCUCUCCUAUAGUAUUUUUGCCAGCCUGUGCCUGUCCUUUCUUCUCUGCCUCGCCUCGUUUAAUGAUGUUGCUGAAACCUGGAACGUCAGGCCCAGCCCCAGGCUGCCAGGCUGCUGAAAAUCCUUCUUGGGGUUUGAUUGAUGGCUUUGGUGUGUGCCAUUGAGUUCUUACUGAUUUCUUUGUGUGUGUGUGUGUGUGUGUGUGUGUGAGCACUUUUAAUCUUUGACAGAGCAAGAUGAUGGCCUGGAGGAUGGGCUGUUCUGGGGUGCGGAUCAAGCUGAGAUCCAGCACGACCCCGAGAGAUUUACUGCACUGCUACACCGUCAGAUCUUGUCUGCAAAUCAGCUGCUGGGCAGGAGGCAAAGGGUGUAGAGGGUGAGGCAUCCUGAUGGGCUGGGAACAUCUGAGCAGUGCUCCUUCCAGGUUCUGCAAGAGGGAACAAACCCCUCGAGUGCCAGCGAGCCAUCGUGCAGUGGAGGCACUUGGAAAUGCAAACUGAUUAGUGCUGCAAGCCGGGGAAAGGGAGGGGGCUGGAGGAGAAUCACUGCCUCUUGUUUUUCUCCUCUUUCUCUGAGCAUCCUCCUCUGGCUGCUCUGGGAGACAGGUUCCUGGGGAAAACAGCCCUUUCAGCUAAGCCAGGCUGACAGCGUUCUCACACGGGCAGGCGCCGAGCUCGCAGAUGCCAAAGCAGGGGUCGUUUUACAUUGCCUUAACGAGACUUGGCCCCCGCUGGGGAAGGGGAGAGACCAUUGCUGUCGCCUGAAAUACAGAGCAGGGCCGUGUUCUGUGGGAGCCAGAUGGAUGGUCUGUCAGGCAGGGCCAUGCCUCGGGGCGCUGGGGACAGGGUGGCCUCAUGGGCUGCCUGUUGCAGGAGGCUGUGGCAGCCACGCUGCCUCCUCCAUGCCAGCCUGCUGUAACCACCCUCUACUUUCAAGAAGCAAAACUCUUGAGAUUCUAAACAGAGAAGGGCUAUGGACAAGGUAGGGAAGGGCUGGUGGUUGGGUUUGGUUUGUUUGGGGGUUGGUUUGUUUUUUUUCAAACCUCUUGUAGUUGCAAAAAGCAGCAAAAUGAGCUGAUGGGGACACCCCUGAGAAACAACCGGCCUCUCUGAGCAACGUUGCAACAUCACAGAGCACUUGGGCCACCAAGUAAGCUCAGUGUUUGAGAGCAGCAGGGAAAGAGGAGAGGUGCCAAAAACAACCUUUGCAAGGCAGAGCAGCUGUGCUGUAACUGUGCAGGCCGAGGGCUGGUGCUGGACUCAGCUGCCAUCGUGGUCACUUUGUGUUCCCUUUCUCCUUCCCCCACGUGGGGCUCAUGCCACGGCAGGUCAACCUCAAGCGUUUCAGAAAGCCAAAAGCAAGAGCUGGCAGCUGAAGUCCCUCCCUGCUCCCCUUCUUGCCAUGAAGUCUACAAUGGCAACACAGAGCCCAACAGCCCUUGUGUGCCGUGGGCAGAGCCCGCGCUGCCUUCCCCUUGCCCUGCCCAGCUGCCAGUGCGCCCUUGCCCUUGCCCUGCCUGGCUGCUGGUUAACCAUUCUCCCGGUGUCCUCUCCCGCAGCGCUCGGCUGCUGCUCCCGGCAGCCUCUUCCCCCGCCGCCCCCCUCCCCGCUCUCGCUGCCAGGGAGAAGCCUGGGCCCCGCUCCCCGGGCUCAGCCUCGAGCCUCAGCCGCAGUCCGUGACCUUCACCGCUUUCUCCUCUCCUUAUCAGACCCAAAGCUCCCGACCAGAUCGAGGGAAGUGGCUCCCGAAAGCUCCCAGAUGGCCAAGAAACUGCAGAGCGGUGUUUCAGGGAAAAGGAUGUGUUGUUGUUAUUCCAUGGUGCAGUCCAUGGAGUUACUGGACGUGCCUCUUUGGGGAGGCACCUGCCCUUGAGGGGCUCGGCAGGGAGCUGGCUGGCAGGGCCCUGGCGUGGGGCACAGGCAGCUGCCCCAGGUCAGGUUUCAUUGCUCUUGCAUUUUGGGGGCUGCUUUCUUCUCUCUUUUCAAACAAAGCCUUGAAGUGGGAAGUGGAUCCAAUGUUUUUUAUUGCUGUAUUAACAUUCAUUUUAAUUUCAUUUCAGAAACUAACCCAUCUUUCUUCCUGAUUAGAAUGUCAUAGAAUUAGACGAGCUGUAACCCUCCUCAAGUGCCUUAUUUUUCCUACAUGAUAUAAAUAUAUUUAUAAGAGUAAUUAUUCCACUUGUAUCUUAGGGGUUUCUUGCUGAGCAGAAGAUGGGAUGGGAGGAGAGAGGGGAAGAGCCCUCCAAGGCUGGGGGUGUCAGAAGGGCCACGUGUGAUGGAUACUCUCAGGGUGCAGGGGGGUUCAGACCAAAGGAGUUUCAGCACUGAAACUCUGCUUAGAAACAAAAACCCACCAAAAAAAAUCCAACCUCAUGGCAAGAUACUGUAGAUUUGUUUGGGUUUGGGCUUGGGCUUUUCUUUACCCCUGCAAAAUAAACACUGAUGGCUGUGGGGUGGUGUGUGGGGGAGCGGGCUUGUGCAGUGCCCUCUACCCCCCUGUGCCCUGCCUGCUGCUGUCAGCUUUGGGUGGAUAGAAUCAGCUCAGUAACCCCUGAAGAUCCCAACUGCAGAUUGGUUGGGGUUCUUUUUGUAAUGUACAUGUAAAAAUUGAUCCUUUUUUAAAGCUAUAAACUCGAUAAAACCUUUUCUGUGCA